GACGACGUGUCAUCGACGUGGCACGUGGGACGUUGUCACUCGUCAAUUGUCGGUUGUCGACAGUUGUUGAUCAGUUGCCGGAUUGGAGUUGUCAGUCGUUCGUGGAAGGUUGGAACGAAUUUUUUCUGUGAUCACGAUAUUCUAUCGUAAAUAGUUGUGAUAAACAAUUGUCGCGUUCAAGAGAAGGACUCGUGAAAAAUGAACAAGAUCUUCUUUUCGUACGCUUUAGCGAGCGUAAUCAUUUCCGUGGCUUUCGCCACAGAUAAGGUCUGUCUGAAACCCGAAAUCGUUGCCUCGUCGUACGUGACAGAAGACGCGACGGUCCUCACGAACGUCGCCUUCACCAUGCAAUUCGUGCUAAAAUGCAGCAACGGUGUAAAAGGAAUCAGUCUUUACGCUGAGGUCGAGGGCAAGUUAUUACCGGCGGCUAGAUUGAGUGCUGAUAAUAAAUAUCAGAUAUCUUGGACGGAAGAUAUUAAGAAAGCGAGAUCUGGCGAUUACUACAUAAAAUUAUAUGAUGAAGACAAGUAUAACGCUGUUCGUAAAGCUAUCAGAAAUGGAGAGAGUAGUGACAGCGUGAGUCCUUUGGCGGUAGUUGUUCUCAACAAUCCAGGUGUAUAUCUCGGUCCUUGGGUGAAUUCUGAAUUUUUGGCUGCUUUCUUAGCUAGUUUUGUAUCUUAUUCGGCGUUUUCUGCGAAGUACAAACUUCUAGCGUAAGAAAUUUUUGUUAUUAAAAAAUAAAAUACUUAAAUAUAGCAAAAAGGAAAAGAUUAUUUAUUCUCAGAU